AUGCAUCGUCUUUUUACUGAGCUGGAGCCAUUUAUUACCGUCAUCGAGCAAAACCUGGCAGACCGAGUUCGGUAUAUCUUACGCUUAAAUAUAUUUGAUGGCGCCGAACACGAACGGCUACGAUGUGAGGCUGUUCCCUCAUCAAAUGAAAAUGCUACGACUGAGGAUGCAGUGCCACAAGUUGCAGAACAACCCGCACACGUGAAUACCCCAGUGGUUGCUGAUUCAAAUGAUGAUGGAACAUUCACCCACCCAGAUCAUCACCCAGAGCAAAUGAGGAGUACAUUAGAAGAGGCUAUUGUGGUAACGCGCAGUACGCCUCUCGAAAAUCGACCGCGAUUUCCCCGCAUAGCCAUAAGCAAGCGGAAUCGGGCUGUCGUGAGGGCUCUGAACCCAAUACUGGUGACCUAUUUGGAAGCCAGCCGAGACCUUUGCGAGACGGACUUUCUUUUUGGCGCUGCGUUGUUAGUCUGCCGUACUAUAGGCGCCAAGGUUUCCACGGCUGGGCGCGCUACUGGCCAAAGUAGCGCUAUUCCACCAUUGAGAAGAAGAAUUGAGGAACGUAUCGCAAAGACUAGAGCUCUCAUUGGCAGACUGAUAUGCUUCAUAUCAGGCAAUAAUAGGCCAAGAGUUGUGCGCACCGUCAGGAUGGCGUUUGCUGGGACAAAUGUCAGUUUGUCCCAGCCGGAUAUAACGCAAAAACUGACGGAGCGCAUAGAUGAUCUGAAGCAAAGAAUCGCUGCUUGGGGAAAGCGGAUUCGGCGAUAUACCGAGAGGUUGACAUGGUUCAACCAGAAUCGUCUCUUCCAGAGUGAUCAGAAGAGGCACUAUGAAUCAUUGGAGCGACCAAUGGAAAGUGGAACGGGCCCAGCACCGAAUCAGGCCGACACUGUAGCAUUCUGGCGCGGCCUGUGGUCAGAGCCCGUAAACCACAGCGAGGGCCAUUGGACGGAAGUUGUGGCGAGUCAGUGUAUAACGCCCAUGGAUCCCGUCAUUAUAACACCGGAUGACGGAGCUGAGGCGGUCCGUAGGGCCACGAACUGGAAAAGUCAACGGGGCAAAAGACUCGACGGGCUGCAUCACUACUGGCUAAAGGACUUCGUGGUGUGUCACACUGUGCUCGCCCGACACUUUCAAGAGGCUUUCAACCAGAAGUCACUCCCGAGCCUCUUCACUACUGGGAUCACCCAUUUGGUUCCUUAA